CCGCCUCCUCAGAGUGAUCCAUCAACUGCAGAUACACGAUCUCCGCUGCUGCUCGCGAAAGGGAAAGGAAACGCCGACUUCUCCAAAAUCCUCCCCCCGCUCUCUCUCUCUCUCUCUAUCGCUGUCUCUCUCUCUCUCUCUCUUCAGCUCUGUUUGGCCGCUCUGGAGCUCCGAGACGAGCCUGCUUCGGUCCCCGGUUCUAGGCUCCACUGCUCGGGUUUUUUUCUUUUUCUUUCUUUCUUUUUUUUUUUAUUUUUUCCCCGGCUCCUCUUCUCGGGGGGAGUUUGUCAGAUUUAUUGAAAGUUGCUCUGAAGCUAGCCCGUUAGCCGCCUAGCCACUCGGGCUAACUCCGUGCUAGCCGUGCUGUUCCCGGAGCGCGCUUCUUCUUUUCCGUCACUUUCAGGGGGGCGUUGACCCCGGCUGGUCCUCCCGGUACCCGGGCACCGUGUGCGGGGAAGUUCAAAGCGGCAGUCCGACCGGUCGUAGGUGGCUAACACUCUGCGUAUCGAAGGCCUCAUCCCGGCGGCAGCAGCGGCUCCACCGUGCAGCGCCUCCCGGCAGCUGAAGGCCUCGUCCCGGCAGCAGCGGCGGCUCCACCGCGCACCGCCUCCCGGCAUCUGAAGGCCUCCCCCCGCGGCUCCGCUCCUCCCCGCCUCAGUGACAGCAGCGCCGGGCCGUGAGAGCUGACAGCUUCCUUGGUGACAAAGACUUCUCCCUGAGGAGCCAAGCAGCAGACGGCUCAUGACUUCUGACCAGGACACGAAAGUUGUAGCUGAACCACAGGUGCAGCAGGUGCAAGAGGCAAAAGAAAACUCUCAUUUGGAAUCCGCCAAGGUUUCAGACCUCAACCCCAAUGCCAAAGCAUGGGCCAACCACAUGUUUAGCCUGGACCCCAGCGGGACCCCUGACACCCCCACUGCUGCCCUGCAGCCAUGGAAGGACGGCUGCGAUAGUACGGCCGACCCCGGCCCUGAAGGUAGCGACCCCCAGCCUGAGACCCCCCAGGAGGGUCUGAGGGAGCACCUGAAGAAGACCCUGGAGUUCUGCCUGUCCCGGGAGAACCUGGCCAGUGACAUGUACCUCAUCUCCCAAAUGGACAGUGACCAAUAUGUGCCAAUCGUGACGGUGGCCAACCUGGACCACGUCAAGAAGCUGAGCACCGACGUGGAGCUGAUCGUGGACAUUCUCCGAUCUCUGCCGUUGGUCCAGGUGGAUGAGAAGGGGGAGAAGGUGCGACCCAAUCAGAACCGCUGCAUCGUGAUCCUCAGAGAGGUUCCGGAGAGCACGCCCAUCGAGGAAGUGGAGUCUCUGUUUAGAGGAGAGAACUUACCCAAGUUCAUCAACUGUGAAUUUGCCUACAACGAUAACUGGUUCAUCACCUUUGAGUCAGAAGCAGACGCACAGCAGGCAUAUCAGUAUCUCCGCGAGGAGGUCAAGACGUUCCAAGGGAAGCCCAUCAAGGCCAGGAUCAAAGCGAAGGCAAUCGCCAUCAACACUUUCAUGCCAAAGAACGGCUACCGGCCGGUGGAGGUGAACCCGUACGCGGCGCAGCGCUACACGUCCUACUACAUCCCGCCGGUCUACAGCCCGCAGCAGCAGUUCCCCCUGUACAGCCUGAUCGCGCCGCAGGCCUGGUCGGCCACGCACAGCUUCAUCGACCCCGCGCUGGUUGCUCCAUUUCACAACAACCAGUUCAUCAAUGGAUUCACCACGUCGCACAGCUUCAAGCCGGCGACGUCGCCGCUCACCGUCAGACACUACUCCCCCCGCAGCAGGAAUCACAGUAAACCUCACCUGAGGCCCACCCUCCCCGCGGCCGAGCGCAGCGCCGGGCUCCUGGACAGCCCGGCGCUCUUCCCCAGCUUCCCCGCCGACAGGCUGAACGGCGUCCGCGGCUCCCCGCCGACGCGGCUCCCCGCCAGCCAGCCCCGCGGCCGGCUGCCCUCCGCCGCCGCCGCCUUCCCCCGCAGGGACACGGCGGGCACGGGGCGGGUGGCCGAGCCCGCCGCCGACUACUCCCUGGGCAUCGGGAGAGGAAGGAAAAAGAGGGACGAGAAGUUUACGAGAGUGACGCCGCAGUCGCCGCCGCCUCCCCCCAAGCCGCCGUCUCCCAGCUUCGAGCUGGGGCUGUCCAGCUUCCCGCCGCUGCCCGGCGCGGCGGGCCAGCUGAAGACCGACGACGUGUUCGACAACCGGCUGGCCAGCAGCGUGGUGACCGGAACGGUCAAGGAGCGGAGCGUCGGUGCCGAUCCCCCCGGCGGAGCCGCUCUCUCCCCGGCCGGCGUGAAGGACCCCCAGCGGCCCCCCGCCUCCCCGAUGCCCUCCGGCUUCCCGCCCUCCGCGAGCGGCCCGGCCGCGGCCUCCGCCCUGACCCUGAGCCCCGGCGCGCCGCUCAGCCCCGCCCCCGCCGCGGUAGAGGUGAAGCUGACGGAGGCCAGGCCCAAGGAGGCGCCGCUCUCCGUGGAGCGAGUUCCCGGCACUUUGUCCACCGCCAGCAAGUCGGUGCAAGUGAACGGCGCCGCCACGGAGCUGAGGAAACCCUCCUACGCUGAGAUCUGCCAGCGGGCGAAGGACUCCUGCGCUCCUCAGCCGCCGCCGCCGCUCCCAUCGACCCCCAAGGAAGCCAAGCCAACCUGCGCCGCCCCCGGAGGCGAGGAGAGGAAGUGCAGCGACGCCGUGGCGGCCGGCGAUCCCAAGACGAGAGAGACUUACAGCUCCGCCUCCUCCAGACCGGUCAGACCAGCAAAGGAGGCCCGGAGGCCGGCCGGGCGCUGGGCCUCCCCGCCCCCCCACCCAGGGAAAUCCCUCAGCAAAGAUCCCCAGCACACUCCACCCAAGUCCCCGCAGUGAGCCCCCCCACCCCCUCCACCCCUCCACCCCCCCACGGGGCUCCACUCGGCCCCGCAGCCGCCAGUCAAACGUAGAGGACGCCUUCUGUUCUGGAUCAGGGCUUGCAGACAAACAGCACUUUACCGUGCACGUAGAGCACCGCCUCUUCCUUUUUACUCUAUUUAUUUGAUUUGUUUUUUAUUUUUAUUUCAGUUUUUCCUCCUGGUUUGUGUCGCGUCGCCUAAAAAAACACACUGAACUUCUGUCAAAUGGCCUUGUGGGAUUCACUUAGUUUGUGCGUGCGCGUGGCAUAGUUGGGAGCUGCCCCAAAGGAUGAUGGGAAAGAGUGCACAAAACAGACUUCAUCUUGUCUAGUCGAGUGUGCGUACGUGCACACACUGUUGUGCAGCUUAAUGUAGCUCUAAUUUUUUUUUUGUUUUUUUUUUUGGAUCUGAUUUAAAUCUAUUUGCAUCUGUGUGCAGAUGAGCGUCAGAUUGUUUCUGGAUCUUUCAGUUUACACGCUUCUUUAUCGUUUGUCUUCUGAAGCCGCUCCAGUUUGUCUUUCUCACAUUUAACCCCCUCCCCCCCCCCCCCCCCCCCCCCACCGGCCGCCGCUCUGCCGCGCUCACAUUUCACCGACGCCGCCGUCGACUGACACGAGGCCAGUACCGAAGGGCUGACGGCGGCUCGGCGCUAAUGCUAAUGCUAACCGAAAGAAGGGCUGAUCAGGAAGCGAACGGCGGUGGAGUGAAUGCGAACAGAAUGGAUGGGAGUGAGAACUCACCGGGCUCAACGCGCUCUGGUUUCCAUCUGCACCGUCGCCCUUUAGCCGUGUCUAGUUGACUUGUCAGGACUGGAGGCGAAGGUCGCAGAGCGUUCUGAAGCUGAGGCUUCCUAGAUUUGCUUUUGCGUCUGCUAACUGUGGAUUAGCCCAUGCUAGCUCCUUCCUGCAGAUCGUCACUUCCUGGUUGUUGCUGUUCAUGCAGACGUGUCUUCUCUCUUUUUGCGACAGACAGGACGAACCUGUUUCAGAAAUGUUUUGUUUUUAGGCGAGCGGCGCUAGCGGCGUGUGAUGCUAAGGGUUUGAUGCUAGUGGCAUGGGGCGCCAACAUUGUCAGAUGCUAGCGCAGUGUGAUGCUAAGAGUUUGACGCUAGCGGUGUAGGACGCUAAUAGCAUUGGAUGCUAAUGGUGUGUGACGCUAAGGAUUUGAUGCUAGCGACUUUUGACACAAACAGUGUUGGAUGCUAGGAGUUUGACAGCAGAGCGUCUUCGGACACUAGCAGUGUCGGAGCUGGCAGUGUUUGAUGCUAGCAGUUAGACAACAUAGCGUUGGAAGAAGUUUGCGGAAGUGAGCUGGAGCAGAUGUGGCGUUGGGACGCUAGUAGCGUCAGAUGCAAACAGGUUGAUGCUAGCAGUGUUGGAUGCUAGCAAUUUUGACGUUAGGUGCGUUGGAUGUUGCUUUCGAUGGCAGCUCGUCAUUCAGUGCUAACAGUUUGACGAUGGCGCCUUUUGGAUGCUAACAGUUUGACGGCAGCGUGUCAUUGGAUGCUAACAGUUUGAUGCUAGUGCCUUUGGAUGCUAACAGUUUGACGGCAACGUGUUGUUAGAUGCUAACAGGUUGAAGGCAGCGUGCCGUUGGAUGCUAACAGUUUCACGCUAGCGGUAUCGGAUGCUAACAGUUUUACACUAGCAGUGUUGGAUAUUGACAGUUUGACGCUAGCGGUGUUGGAUGCUGACAGUUUGACGCUAGCGGUGUUGGAAGCAGGUUGUUGUGGCGCUGGAGGGAUCGUGGCUUGAGGCGGUCCGGAGUUUGGAAUCAGGGGAAUUUGUGGGAUUUUGAGGGGAAAGGCGCCGAGCUGUCGGUCUCUCUUCUCUCUGGUCGGAGCAGGUUUGGCGGUGAGGCGGGUCGUUGGAGGGAAGGUCGGAGGUGAAUGACGCGUGAGGCAGGUUUAGAUGGGGAGCAGGUUGAGUUCAGUCUGUUUUCACUCCCGGAGGUCAAAGGUCAGGAGCUGAAGCAGGAAGUGAAAGGAGCUUCCCGGCUUGGACGUCUGCCUCUUAACGUAGCAGCCACUCCGGCAGACGGCCAAUCACGGCGCCCAUCGCUCACGCCGCACGCUCAAGUCUUCCUGCAACACAAAGCAUUGUGGGUAAUCCCACCUGGAGCACUGGGAGCCGGCGUGGAAAAGGGAAGCCGGAAGCAGCCUGGACUCCCAGCUGCUGGGGUUUCCUGUUUUUUGAAGGACGGAGUCGCUCUGGGACGCCUCGGCGGAGAACCCGCUGCUCUGGAUUCCUCCAGAUAUCCUUCAUUCUUUUCUUUGGUUUGGGAGGAGAAGCGAGUCCAGACGCCGCCGACGUCUCUCUUCACGCAGAACCUUUCAAAAAAAAAAAGAAAAAAAAAAACCAGAAACCGGUCCAUCCAGUGUUUGAGAAACUUGAAUUUUAUUUAAACUUGAAAAAUGACUUUGCCUUAACUUUUCUACCAGAUGAGCUUAGAGUUUAUUUCUUUCCAACGAAAAAACAAAAGAACCCCCAAAACUGUCGCCGGAGAGCGAAGGUCUUAGAGAAAGACCGCAGAACUCCAGCUUUUUGUUUCUUUAGCUUUUCUUUUUUGUGAAACGUUCAAGAAGAAGAAGAAGAAGAAAAAAGGGUUUUUGUUUGGGAUUUUAGUUUCUCGUUUGUUUUCGGGGGGAAAUCUUCUAAAACGGUGUAAAUGCAAACCCAGUGGAUACUGUAUUAUCUGUGCACUUUGGAUUGUGUGCUUUGCCUGUACAGUUGUAAAUACUCAGAAAAAUAUAAGAGGUACCUUAAAAUAAUUAUAAAAAUAUAUUGAUCCUUGUUAACUAUAACGUCGCUACCCAGCUGGAGUUAGAAGAUUAAAAAACAAGUUGUUGUUGUGCUUUUGGAAAUAUUUUUCUUAAAGUUUUUUGGGUUUUCUCAGCGGCUCGUCUGAUUGUAACGACUGUAACAUGUUUUUCUUUGUCUUUCAUACUCUUUUUUUUUUUUUUUUUUUUUUUCAUUGGUCCCACCUGAUGAGGUGUGGUCAUGGCCCCGCCCACAUCCUCCUCUGACUCCUCCUCCUCAACAUCAGAACGUUCAAACGACGUCUGGACCACUGGUCUGUCUACUUUGACCCGGGACUCGAACCGGAGUCCCUCCCCCUCCAGGGUGAACCGUUGUACAUCCACCAACCAGCGGAGGAGCCGAUGAAUGAAAAGGCCUGAAGCCUGAAGUGGAGCGACUCGCUGCCGUGCCGCUCAAAGCUUCAGGUUCCGUCUCUUCAGUGCAACUUGAUGGAAACGUCGAAAAAAAAAAAAAGGCGUCUCGUCUCCCUGUUCUGCAUCGUUGCGUGUCCGCGUUGCCGCUCUGCUGCGUCUCGUUGCGUCUCCUUGUUGCCGCUCUGCGUUGCGUCUCCUUGUUGCCGCCCUGCGUUGCGUCUCCUUGUUGCCGCUCUGCGUUGCGUCUCCUUGUUGCCGCUCUGCGUUGCGUCUCCUUGUUGCCGCCCUGCGUUGCGUCUCCUUGUUGCCGCUCUGCGUUGCGUCUCCUUGUUGCCGCUCUGCGUUGCGUCUCCUUGUUGCCGCUCUGCGUUGCGUCUCCUUGUUGCCGCUCUGCGGCGUUGCGUUUUGUCGCCUCUUUGCAGCGUAGCUUAUUAAAAUCAGCAGAACUUUUCUCUUUGUUGUUUUUUUGUCUAAAUUUCAAGUAAAUUUUCAGCAAUCGGCGUGUCUGAACGUUCCGAGCGGCUGUUUCGAGUCCCGUUAAUGAAGUUCAAGGUUUCUUUCUUCAGUCAUUUUUGUUGAUUGAAUCAAAGUUGGGAGAAAUCGGUUCAAACUCCAGACUAGUUAACAGGAAAAACAACCAGUUGUUUGAAAAAAAUAUCAAGUUUUCCAAUGAAACUGUCAUAGUGAACCAAAUAGGAAGAAUUGAGUUGAUUAAGUUUCGUGAUCCUGGAGUCGAACCUUCAACCUGUAAAUGUUCCGGCGCUUUCCGUCAGGUUGUCAUCUCGAUGAUUCCAGAGCAGUUUAAGCGAUUUACGCAGAAACAGCAGUUCGGUUUGAAACACUUCUGACAGACGAGAACCUGGAGCUUUGCAGGCGUUCCUUGUUGUGGAGGGUUCCUGCUCUGGGGGGGAGGGGGGACUGGUUUUCGGUUCCAUCUCGGGUCUUCGGUUCCCCCCCCCAGGGUGGACGUUUGAUUUGAGGAGGACGACGAGAGGAUGGGAGCUUCGGCAGAACUGGAACUGUCUCUGAUUCAGAGGGACAACAGUCCAGAACUGGAACUGUACAUACCAGCUGACCGUCACCGCGGCAACCACCCCAGCUUCAGAUUGGACAACACAUUUCCUGUAAACCUAGCAGGUGGACACUACAGUGAGACUCCUCUGAUUUCCCUGAACUGUGAAUGUGUGGAUAAAGGAAGUUCCACUUCCUGUCCGGGACCUUCAGACUGGAAGAGCCGCUCUCAAAGGGACGUCUGGUUUUGGCGGGAAGCUGUGGGAGCUUGUCUGAUUUUUCCCGCCACUGGCCCUCGUCACGGCGCCAUCCGGUUCCUCUGCCUCUGAUUUGAGUUGUUCGUUUUUUUGUUUUUUGUUUUUGUUUUUUUCCAAAAUAUAACGAAUGCACAGAAACUGACUGGAACAAGACGCUUUAUCAACUCACUGUGGUUUAACUCAUUAACACUUCUUACAUGCUUACGGCUAACCGCUGUGGACAAUCGGCGACUCCGGGGCGUCGGCGUCGGACUGAUAACUUUGCCUAACGACACCUCUAACCGAUGUGGGUCGGAGGUUGCGAUCAAGAAGGUUUCUUUUGUGUUUUACGUUUUCUUUCCUUUUCGGGGUCUUUUCUUCCAUCAAGACUGGAAUCAAGCGUACAUGUCGGCUAUAGAUAAUUUAAGUUACUCUUGUGUCAUGAUGUAAAAACUGUCUAAUUUGGAGAAAAAAAAAUGUAGCUUACUGAAAAAUAAAGAUUUAGGCACUGUUGAA